UGUACCAAAAAUCCAACGCCUGAGAAUACUUUCGAAGAGGGUUGUGUGAAAAAAAUAGAAGAUUGGCUGCGGAAACACAUCGUGAUCGUGGCUGCGGUUGCGUUGGGCAUUGCCUUCUUUGAGCUCCUGGGCAUCAUUUUUGCCUGUUGCCUCAUGAAAGGAAUCCGCAGUGGCUAUGAGGUCAUGUAACCGUUUCUGUUCCUGUACAUCUGGCUCUUAUGAGGCCCAAUCACAAAGCUCUGGAAUACUUUCAUCACCAUUUCUGGGGAUACAGUUGUCCAUCAUGUGCCAAUGGGACAGGGUUGGGCGGAUGCCUCUUCUUCUGUUGCCUGUUAGGAAAAAUAUAUGCUGCCCUCAAAGGAUUCAUAUGUUGCCUUAUCUCUCUCUCUCUCUCUUUCCUCUCCCAUAAUGGGCAGGUUUUAAAUCCAUUCCUUGCACCUCACUGCAACUCCUAGACCUUGCAUUAUCCUUCAGGUGAGACUUGUGUGCCACCUAGUGGACAUCUGGUGAUAUGUUCCUAGUGCCCUUAAUAGAUGUGAGCCAACAUCUUUAAAGACAUUAUUCUAUCUUACAAGUCCUUUCAAGUAGACUUUCUUAUGUGUUCAGCUAUAUUUCUCUUUUCCUUUGGAAAGGUAAACUCUUGAUUCUAUAUAGGUUAUAAUGAGAAGGAAAAUUGUCAGGGCUAAUAUUUUUAGUCAGUAAUUCACUAUUUGGAAAAUAAAAGAUAUUAUUUCACCCA